CAUAUAUAUCAGUUGUAAGAUUUCUGAUUUCCUAUUUCGAGUGUUAGGGUUUGCGUGUAGCUUGAAUUUCAUGGAAGCUUCAGCUUCUGCGUCUUCAAAUUCUAAUAGCAAUAGCUCAAGGAUUCGUUAUUUCAGCUGUAAUCCCUUUAGGCGUUGUUGUCGCUGUUUCUGUUGUUUCUACGCAUAUCCUUGAGUUUGAAGUUCCUGGUUUUGUUUAAUAGUUUGUUUUUUUGAAGUUUUCAAAUGGAUCUAUCGCAAGCUCAAUCAGGUCUAUCGCUUGGGUUUCACUCGCACUCAUCCUUGAAUCCGAUUCCGUUGCAAUUACUUGAUCAGAAGGAAGAGAAUCCAGUUGAGAAAGAUGAAGAUCAGACCGAAGAAGUGGAGAAUUUUAGCAUUUUGGGUCAUCCAAUGUGUAUAAAGAGGCAAAGAGAUUGUCAAUCAUCGUCCUCCUCCUCGUCAUCACCCAACCCUCCUAAGCGAGUCGCCAUGGAACCGGGGCUUGAGAGUCGACGAGCUAAGGUUCGAGGCUGGGGCAACCAAUCACUUCCUAUGGCGGACUCAGAAAUUCAUGAAAUUAUGGAGAAAGAGAAGCAGAGGCAGGUGAAAGGAAUCGAACUUAUAGCCUCGGAGAAUUUUGUUUGCCGUGCAGUGAUGGAAGCUCUAGGUAGCCACUUGACGAAUAAAUACUCUGAGGGACUUCCCGGGGCGAGAUACUACACUGGAAAUCAGUAUAUUGACCAAAUUGAAUCACUAUGUUGCAGUCGGGCAUUAGCGGCCUUUGGGCUUGAUUCUGAUAAAUGGGGCGUUAAUGUGCAGCCAUAUUCAUGUACAUCCGCGAAUUUUGCUGUUUACACGGGGCUUUUACUACCAGGGGACCGGGUUAUGGGUCUGGACUCACCUUCUGGAGGGCAUUUGAGUCAUGGAUAUUAUACGCCGGGAGGAAAAAAGGUGUCUGCUUCGUCGAUUUUCUUUGAGACUUUGCCUUACAAAGUGAAUCCACAAACUGGGUAUAUUGAUUAUGAUAAAAUGGAGGAGAAGGCGACGGAUUUUAGACCCAAGAUACUCAUUUGUGGUGGAAGCUCAUACCCAAGGGAAUGGGAUUACGCCAGGUUUAGGCAAGUUGCAGAUAAGAUUGGAGCAGUAUUGAUGUGUGACAUGGCUCAUAUCAGCGGCCUUGUGGCAGCUAAGGAAGCUGCAAGUCCAUUUGAUUAUUGUGAUAUUGUCACUUCCACAACUCACAAAAGUCUUCGAGGUCCCAGAGGAGGAAUUAUUUUUUAUCGGAAAGGGCCAAAAUCAAGGAAGCAAAACAUGCUUCUUAGUCAUGACAGUGGUAGUGCCCAGUAUGAUUUUGAAGAAAAGAUAAACUUUGCAGUUCAUCCGUCAUUACAAGGUGGUCCUCACAAUAAUCAUAUUGCUGCUCUUGCCAUAGCCUUGAAACAAGUAGCUACUCCGGAGUACAAAGCAUACAUGCAACAGGUGAAGAAAAAUGCCCAGGCAUUAGCAUCUGCCUUGUUGAGAAGAAAAUGCAGACUGGUGACUGGGGGUACUGAUAACCACUUGCUGCUCUGGGAUCUAACUACUCUAGGCUUGGCAGGCAAGAACUAUGAGAAGGUAUGUGAAAUGUGCCACAUAACGAUAAAUAAGGUUGCUAUCUUCGGUGACAAUGGUGCCAUUUGUCUUGGUGGAGUGAGAAUUGGCACUCCUGCUAUGACAUCAAGAGGCUGUUUAGAGGGUGAUUUUGAAACUAUUGCGGACUUUCUUCUUAGGGCAGCACAGAUAACAUGUGCAGUACAAAGGGAAUAUGGGAAAUUCCAGAAAGAUUUGCCCAAGGGUCUUCAGAACAGUAGAGAUAUUGUUGAGCUCCGAAACCGGGUUGAGACAUUUGCUUCCCAGUUUGCAAUGCCAGGAUUCGACUUUUGAAUCUAUAGAAGAGUGCAAAUGGAAUGCAUCCUUCCCAUUCUUCAUGCUACCUUUAUGGUAACCUGCCCAUUUUUCCCCAUAAAAUAUUUUUCAUUCAUCCGAUGUAAAUUACAAAGAUAGUUGAGUCUUCUAGAUACCUUGAAAGCAUAUAGCAUUUUCAAAUUUUGAACUGAAUUUUCCUGAUUUUGUAAAUCUUACAAGAAUCAGUAAAAAAACUUUGUGAAAGUACAGUUAUAUAUUUAUUUAAGUUCUUGCAAUUAUUGUGUGUC